CACAGCCCGGCCGACCGUCGCGGCUGGCCUACAUGAAACUUUGGAAAACUGGAACAGAGCGCAAGAGAGGCGUAAGGCAUGGGCCGCAUCUCUCGUCCGGACUUUCUAAGCAGCGCGGCGGUGGCAGCCAGCCUCCGGAAACUAACCAAGUGUGUGCGCCACCACCAACCAUACCACCUCCCGUUCAGAUUCGGACGCCCACCAAGCGCCGAGACUCGCACUCGCGUCAAAUAAUAAUGCAGUGCCACUAACAUUCAGCGUCAGACGCCGUGGAAACGCUCUGUAGUGCGAGUGCAGCCUCUCAACGCUCCUGGGUUGAUUCGCCUUCAGACUCCUUCAUCGAUCGAUCCGAAUUAGAAGAGGUGACAAGAUGAUGCGCUUUUGCGCAUUCGCUCUUCUGAUAGCUACGGCUACAGCCGACAAGCCCGAAUGGAGUCAGCCCAUCAAACAAAUAGACAGGACAGACUGGGUUCCCGUCAUUAAGCCACGAGACCUGGAAGUCGCUGCACAAGAAGAUGUGCCCACAAUUUUGAGACCUCCUGCAGAGCAACCCUUCCUUUUCCGCCAGGGUCCUCGUCAGAUCAGAAACGAGUUUGGAUUUCCACGAGAGCAACAAAACCCUUUCAGGUUCCCCGGACAGGCGUCGGUUGGGCCACCUCCUAGGUUCCCACCCGCCUUCAGGACCGCGGUUCCUCCACCUUUCCUUCAGCAAGGACCUCCUCAACAAUUUCAAUUUGCUAAUCAGCAGCCACAACUGCCGCCUCAACAGCAGCCACAAUUGCCACCUCAACAGCAGCCACAAGUCGCCCCUGUGAAACAACAAAACCAAACAGUACCGCAGGAAGAAGUGCAACUGGUCUAUGUUCCUGUUGACGCUUUGCCACCCUUCCAAGGACAAUCCAACGUCGUGCCUGUGCAACAGCGUGCACCCCAGGAUGUAAUCAAUCAAUUCAACAGGAGUCCUUCACCUUUUGGAAAUCAGCAGCAACUUUUUGACCAGGAACAACAGCGCAUUGCUGUGCAGAGAGAUCAGGAGGAACGCAAGAAAAUUCAGGAGGAGGACUUUAAGAGACGUGAGGCGCAAGAAAAAAGAAUCAGACAGGAAGUCGAACAGAAGAAAAUUCAGCAGCAAAAGAAACCCGUCAGUAAUCUGCGAGAGCAAGAGAAUCUAUUCCAGCAGCGAUUCCCUCAGCCAUCCGAGUUGCCCAAAAAUCAGCCUGCUCCUCACCAGCCUCCUCUGGCCGUGUACUUGACCGGUGGUAAACCUGAAUCUACGACCAAGCUCACCGUUUCAGAUGUUUUGGAGACUCUGAAAGACGCAACCACUAUUCCAGUUUUGGACCAACUUCCUGACAAGCAGGAUCCUCCUCCACAUAUUUUUGUCGGCCCCGCUGAAAUGUCACCACCUGAAGGAUACGCCAAAUUUGAAUUGCCCUACUUGAACAGCUUGGAAACUAACAGGGUAGAACGUAAGGUCGAACAAUUCCCAUUCUUUGUGGCACCUCUCAGUUACAAUCCUCCUCAAGGCUACAACAAAAUUCCAUUCCCCUCGCCUCACAUCGGAUCAGUUGUGUUUGGGCCUUCCGGUAGAGCCAUCCACAGUCAACCUAUUCCUCAGCAGAUUCCUCAGUUUGAAAACAAUGAAGAUCAAGGUAUCAACCCUGCUAUCCCCUUGCUGGUCAACUCUCUGCAGUCGAAUAGAAAUAGACCGUCCUUCCAGCCUCAGUCUGUAACUCAUCAGUUUAACCCUCCUCAAGCUCAAACUCAGGCUCCGUUCAACCCCCCUCAAGCUCAAUCUACGUUCAACCCUCCUCAAGCUGAAACUCAAGCUCCGUUCAACCCUACUCAAUUUCAAGCUACUCAGGCUCCGUUCAACCCUACUCAAUUUCAAGCUCCUCAGGCUCCGGUUCCUCGUCCCCAACAAAUUCCAUCCUUCACGCAGCCUCAAAGGCAUCAACAAAGACGCCCAGCACCUCAGCAGCCACAAUUUAUCUAUCAGGAUGAGCAAGCUUUUGGGCCGCCUCAACCCCAACAGCAAGUUUUCCCUCCACAGCAGCAAGUUUUCCAGCCACAACAGCCGGCUUUCGCUCCUCCUCCUCCUCAGCAGCAAAAUUUCCCCAGGCAGCACCAUAAUAGGCAGCACCACCGCCCACAGCAGCAUGUCGAGCAGUUCAUCCACCAAAAAGUAACUCCUGCUCAGCACGUGCAACCGCAUACUUUCUUCGAGCAGGAAACAAUUCCUCAAACACAACCCCCUCGCUCCCACUUUGUCCACAACCAAUUUCAGUUUAAUGAGGAGCCAGUCGUCACUGAGCCUCAAAUCAUCAACGAGAUCGUGACUGAGCCUGUCACCGAGCCACCAACGACCACCACGACCACAACCACUACUGAGGCCCCUACGACUAGGCAAGUCACUCGUACUAGAAAUCAGCACCGAGGCACUCCUGCACCUGCCGUCAGAGAAGAAAAUGUUGAAAGAAGACCAGCCAACCGUGGACGCAGACCUGUUCCUCGUCAAAGAACUACGACACCCGAGCCAGAGGUUGUGGUGCAAGAAGAGGAAGAUGUACCAGAGCUGCAGCGCACCAACGUCGAAAAUUUGGUUCAGACUGAAGCACCCAACUACCCUCAGCCCACUCAAAUCUCAUCUUUCAACGAUUUCCAGAACUUUGCCCAGAUUCCUUCAAGACAGCAGCACUUUGAAGUGAGGCCACAGUUCCCAUCAUUCCAGUUCGAAAACGCCUUCCACACUCAGCCGGCUGUUAUCCCACAGAGUGGAGUGACUUAUGCCGACAACAGCGCCACUAUUAAUCUCAAACCCGUGUAUCCUGAAGAGCCUGUAGUUGAGGCUUCUCCCAGUCCUUUGAACUACCCGACUGCUUCGCCAUCGCCGCACACACCUGUCAGGCAGUUCUCAGCUACACCAUUUGCUCCCACUGCUGUACCCGAGUAUUACACUCAGUCAACAACUGCUGCUCCGGAAGUCGUUUCUGAAACUGAAGCACCUGUAGUAGAGGUGGCGUCCGAAACUCCUACUGUUGUUGAGCCCCAACGCACACGACAGAGAGUGCCUGUUGCUGCCAAUGACGUUGCCAACAACGCUCCAGCUAGGCCAAGAGGUCGCGUGAGACAACGCGUCCGCGUGAAUACCGCUGAGGAGGGAGAAACCGACAACGUAAGACAGAGCAACCCUCAGCGCACCCGCAGUCGUACUGUCGUUCGCGCCCGCAUCACUACUACCACCGAAGCCGAGCCUGAAUCAGCGACAGAAAACACUCGCCGUUAUCAACCCGAGAGAACCAGAGUCAGGGCCAGACCGCAGGUCGUGCGAAGCCGCAAUCAGGAAGAUAUUGAGCUCAACAAGCCUGUCAGGCAAGGUGUCACUGCUGAAAGAGUGACAAACGAGUCCCCAGUCUAUGUUCCCGAACAAGUCGAGCAAGAGACAGAAAAGCAAGAGCCAGCCACUGAACCUCCCCGUCGCUUCAAGAACUUUGGCGUUGGCCAGAGGAGACGAGUUGUCCGGCCAGUCCCAGCUAAUCAAGCAGAAAACGAAAGUGAAAAAACUAUUCCUGCUCGCAGCACUGCGGUAAGGAACUCCAGGAGGCAGCAAGUUGCUACAGGUGAGAGGCCGGCCGUUGGCAGACUUUUGCAAAAAUCAGUAAGGAAUGAGGAGCACAGAAUAGAGACCGGCGUGACUUACUCGAAGAGCCUGGAGGCUGAGACAGCGCGGGACAACGUUGAAGAGGUCAAGGAAGAAGUCGAAGAGGCACCAGCUCCACCUAGGAAGAGAGUUUCCGCCAACAGACCAAGACAAAAUUAUCCCGAGGGGUACGAAGUCGAUGAGGAUCAGCCUGCUUCUGUCUACAGGCCACGUUUGAGGGCAGGGCACAGGAACAAUUUCUACGAGAGUGAAGACCCCGAAUUCAAGGUUGAAGAAAGCCAAAGGUCAGAGCAGAUCAGCGUUCAACAGCUGGGAGAUCUUGUUCCAAAGGAGUUCUACCAGAGUAAAUACAGCGAAGGAGAAACUAAUGAGGAAGAAGUUGUCACUGAAGAGGUGACCACAGAUGUUGCGACAACCGACGAAGUGCCUCAACAAGAAGAAGUCGUCGCUUCUACCGACGCCGUACCUACGGUCUUAGCCGAAGAGUCUUCGGAUGAAGUCGAAACUGAGAAGCCAAAGUUCUCUGCCAAAAUUAAGGUAAAUAACGUCAAGCGACGAAUCCGUUUGAAGAAAAGGCCACUGACAGCAGAUGUUUUCGAGACUGCCGAGUCGCAAAAUAUCGCGUCAGCAAAUUUGAAUAAUGGCAAAAGUAGUGACAAAGCAGAGGAGAGCAACGCCAAGCUGUCAAAUUUAGAUGUGAAGGAAACGACAACAACCUCGCAUCAAACACUUGACGUCGAAUCGAUCCAUAUCACAUCAACCACCACCUCCACCACCACCACCACCACUGAGGCACCUGUGGUGACAACUCCAGAAGAGCCAGUCACGUCAGAAAUCUCCGCCGAGAGUACCUCCCUCGAGCCUGAAGACUUUACGACCCAGGAGAGCACAACAGUGCCCGACGAGGAGGUCGCAACGACGGCGGCGCCAAACAGAAUCAUCGGCACCUCAACCACCACGGAAAUCUCACUAGAGACUGAAAUUUGCUACAAGGGCAGGUGUGUCAAGACCAAAGGCGACAUGGACCAGUUGCCCUUCAGUAUCGAGUGAUUUGCCGGCGACUUAUUUUAAUAAUAAUUGUGUGCCUGAGACUGCCUUAAUUCCCAGUUCAUCAAAAUACUCUCCAGUGCAGUGUGUUGAGAAUGACGUGAAUUUCUUAUUUAAUAAUUAUUUUCAUUAAGCCCGGAUACGAUUACGACGACAUAAUAAUUAUGCAGAAUGCAGUUGAAAGCUCAAUUAUAUGAUAGAUCAAUAAUUAUUUAACCCAAAAUGCACCAGGUAAUAAAAUAUGAAAAAGAUGUAAAUAUUUUCAACGAGAAGUUAAUUCUGCUGGUUUGUAAUUGCCAUUUAUUUAAAUGAUUUUAUGUCAAAUAAAAUUAUGAAAUAAUAAAA